AUGCAGACCGCCGUUUCAGUAUCUGCGGGAUCGACGGUGAAGAUGGUAGAUGAAACUGGUGACAGGGAUGAAUCCUCUAAUGUUGCCAUUAUCAGAGAAGUGUACGACAGUGAAAAUGCCCACGAGACAUUUGAAUACGAGUUAGAGCGAGCGUUAGAAUCAGAAUGCAGUUUAAUCGUUAUCGAGCCGUCGAAAUUAGGUGAUGAAACCUCCAGAUGGAUAGCGGUAGGAAAUUGUCUCCACAAGACUGCCGCAUUGUCAGGUCUUGCUGCAAUCGUCACAGGUUUAGUUUGGGGCGAUCGACCAUACAUCUGUGGUCCACUAGGUUUUACGUCAGUUAUAACCUGCGGAUUAUACACGGUCUCUUGGCAAUUUGAUCCCUGCUGCCAGUACCAAGUAGAGACUGAUACCAGCAAAUUACCGCACGUUGAGCUAUUAGCUGUUUUAGGUCCGUCAUCUCCAACGUUUCUCGUAAGAAAAGAUGAUAAGAGGAGAAGAAUUCUUCAUACAACUAUUGCAUUGGCAGCCUUCGGCAUUACUGCCUGGAGAGUAUAUCAGGCGUUUAAGUGAAAAAAAUUAUUACUGGCAUCGGUUUUGACUUAUAGGCCAGAAUGAAUUAAUAAGGUGAAUGCUGCUUAUGUGAUGACUAAACCACAUAAAUACAAGUAAAGAGAGCCAGAUUUUAUCUGAGCUUUCACAUUGGCAU